UCUCAGCGCGCACAAGAAGGAGGAAGGACAGGGCGCGGUGGGACUUCAGGGGGCAGGGUUCCUUUAAGGCCAGAGGCGUCGGUUCGGACGGCUGCUGUCGGACCUGCUGCUCCAAGAUGAUACGCUUCUUGCUGCUGUUCAGUCGGCAGGGGAAGCUGCGGCUGCAGAAAUGGUUCACGCCGUUGUCGGACCGGGAGAAGAAGAAGGUGAUCCGGGACAUGACAACGCUGGUGUUGCCUCGUCCGCCACGUUCAAGCAACUUUCUGCAGUGGAGGGACCUCAAGAUCGUUUACAAGAGGUACGCCAGCCUGUAUUUCUGUGUUGGUCUGGAGGAACAGGACAAUGAGCUGCUUGCCCUCGAAGUGCUGCACAGAUACGUCGAGUUGUUGGAUAAAUACUUUGGCAACGUGUGUGAGCUGGACAUCAUUUUCAACUUCGAGAAGGCCUACUUCAUCCUGGAUGAGUUCCUGCUGGGAGGAGAAGUCUUAGAAACCUCUAAGUUCGCCGUGGGUGCGACUAUGGAGGAGGCUGACACACUGCAAGAGACGAUGGAGGAAUAUAUGAGCAAACGUGCCUACUGAGCCGAGACAAGACACGGACGCUUCGCAUUUCAAGACAUGAAGCAAAAGGUUCAUUACUCAGAAAUAUUUUUGCUGACAAAUGUGACUAGUAGUGACUCAUUUGGCACAGUGCUGCGGUUUACAGAUGCCUUUUUACGUCUUCUAUUUUUUAACCUCGGAGCUGAAUGAUGGGAGGUGUGACUAAUCAGAGCCUUCAUGAUAUCUAAGUGCACUUUUUUUUUACGUGGUAUGUUUUUGUAACCCCGGUGCGUUGACAGACAGACGCAUUGUGUGAUGGUGAGUAAAUUGAGAAACACUCCACAGUAAGGAAAAAAUAAAGUCAAUGCUUUAUUUAUCUCAGGUAUGUCACAUAUGAACACAUUUAAGAAAGAAUUACCAAAAAACACAAGUGAAUCUAAGGGAUCCAACACUGAUUCUGACUGAGUGUGUGUGUGUGUGU